CGGACACCAUUGGCUAUCCUCCAGUGAAGAUUUUUACAUCCAGAGGCAGUGUGCCCAGGAAUGAGCUGAAGAUGUGUUCUUCUCUUGUAAAGUGGGAGAAGGGCCACUGUGUAAAUGAAGAUGGAAAAGGAGAACCUGCAUCUUCAUUACAAGCUGGUUCUACUAAGUGGAAAGAAGCGACAGUUCAUGUAGCAGGAAAUGGCAGAAACUGAGGACUUUGUGGGUCAGGAGUCACACCCAGUUGAGAAUGAUUUAUUUAAAGAACCAAUGAAAAAGAGAAGACGAUCAGAUCGAGACCAGCGUUUCCAAGCGUUUCCCUCAGUGGAGCAAAGUGCUCUGAAGGAAUAUGAGAAAUUGGAGUCACGGACCAGAAGGGUGUUGAGCAACACUUACCAGAAAGUUAUUCAAUCUGUCUUCUUGGAUGACAAUAUUCCCAGUGGAGUCAAGUAUCUCAUAAACAGGCUUCUUGUCUUGAUUGAAAAGCCGUCACUGGAUCCAAUCUACAUUGGAUUGCUUGGAAGUACUGGGGCUGGGAAGAGCUCCCUGAUCAAUGCCAUCAUCCAGCAAGCAAUGUUUCUACCAGUGUCUGGAGAAAGCAUAUGUUCUUCAUGUAUCGUACAAGUGAGCUCAGGCUGCUGUGAUCAGUAUGAGGCCAAAAUCCACCUUCUCUCUAACCAGGAAUGGAAGGAAGAACUGAAGAAUUUAACUAAACUCCUGCGUGGGACAGAGGAUUUGGGCAGAGAAGUGGAGGAUGCGUGGGACAAGGAUGAUGCAGUGGAGGAAGCCAUCUGGAAGCUACAAAUGUUUUAUGGAAAGGGAGCAGAAAGUAGGAACUAUGAGGAGUUACUAAGGGCAAAGCCCAAAGGAAAGAUUCCCACCUCCAGAAUCGUCACCCUCAAGGCAGAAGAGGCAGGAGAGCUGUCUGUCAAGCUUGACCCCUACAUCCGGACCCAGAGGAGAGAUUGUAAUGGAGAAUCAGCUACGUCUCACAUCUGGCCCUUGAUCAAGCAUGUGGAAGUGACUCUUCCCAAAUCAGAGCUGAUUCCAGAAGGGGUCGUGCUAGUGGACAUUCCAGGCACAGGCGACUUCAACAGCAAGAGGGAUGAGAUGUGGAAAAAGACCAUUGAUAAAUGCUCAGUGAUCUGGGUGAUCAGUGACAUAGAAAGAGUUUCUGGGGGGAGAGCCCAUGAAGACCUUCUGAAUGAGAGCAUCAAAGCCUGCCAACGGGGUUUCUGCAAGGACAUUGCUCUGGUGGUCACCAAGACUGACAGACUCCACUUGCCAGAAUAUUUAAGAGAAAGAAAAGUAGGAAAUCAAGCUAUUCAAAGUGAGCGAGAGGCUGUAUUAGAAAGAAAUGAAACGAUAAAAUUACAAAGGAAUAGAAUACUCAAAGAAAAGCUGAAGAGAAAACUGCCAGCUGACUCCAAGGUUCUGGAGGCUGCGGAUCUGGUGUACACAGUUAGCGCUCAGGAGUACUGGCAGCAGGCUCUCCUCGCCGAGGAGGAAACUGAAAUCCCCAAAUUGAGAGAAUAUAUCAGAAAAAGUCUCUUGGACAAGAACAGGAGGAGGGUGACCAAGUAUGUCACUGAAGCCUUUGGCCUGUUGCUCCUCACAGACAGCUUCAACACCGUGGGAAAUCUGCCAAAUGAAUACUUGUAUAUGAGCGGCCUGCGGAGAUUUGUGGAAGAGAAGAUCCAGCUGCUGGAGAAGACCAUUGACCAGUGCUUUGCCCACAUAGAGUGGCCUCUGCAAGAAGGAGUCAGAAAUGCCAAGAUUUCCUCCCGGCGGAUCCUCAAUGGCUGCCUGGUGAGGAGUAAAGGAAACCAAGGUUUUCACCAGACUCUGAAAGCUGUUUGCCUGAAAAAUGGCAUCUAUGCCUCCAGGACUCUUGCAAGAAUAGAUCUGAAUGAAGCCAUCACUCAACCUAUUUAUGACCACAUUGAUCCCAUUUUUGGAGGCAUUUUUAGCACUGGGAACCCGUCUGGUUCAGCUCUGAUGCCUCACAUAGAUGCCUUUAAGCACUCUCUGCAGGAGAAAAUGACGGAAAUUGGGAUAAGAAAUGGUUGGAAAUAUGAUAGCUACAAAAAGAGUUUCCUGAUCCAGGAGAUAAGCGCCAUCCUGGGGGGCCUGGAGGGACACAUCCUCAGACGGAAGAGGAGAAUCUACGAGUCACUCACCACCUCCGUUCAGAAUGACCUGAAGUCCUGUUACGAAGAGGCAGCUCAGAUUUCUGGCAAAAAAGCCUGUGAGAGAAUGAAAGACGUCAUCAGAAGAGGGGUGGAUCGGCAGGUGGCCGAGGGCAUGUUUGAAAGGGCUCAAGAGAGGAUGCAGCACCAGUUUCAGCAGCUGAAGAAUGGAAUCACUGAGAAGGUGAAGGGCAGUAUCUCCACCAUGCUGACCCUUGCUUCAUCCCAAGGGGAUGGACUCUACAAGGAACUUACAGAUGUCAAGAGCGAAUACAAGGAGAUGGAAAAGCUGCACAGGAGCCUGAGGGAGGUGGCUGAGAAUGCCGUGCUGAGGAGGGGCAUGCGAGAUUUCCUCCUGAGGAUGUCACCCAGCAAAGCUGCCCCUCCCCACAUGUAACUUCAGUUCUUGGGGAUUAGCCCCAAGGGGAUGAAAAAUAAGCCCAGAGCCGAAGGAUCAGAAUUACCUGUUUUUUGAAAUCUAAUAAAGAACUUCUCUCAACUCUUUGGAAUUUAUAUACAAUAUGCAACCCCAGGUAUUGUUAUAUCUGGCAUAAGCUGAUUUUAUUCUAUAGCUAAAAAGAGCCAUCUUAAAUCAUUAACUGGAAUACUAAAGCUUUAGGGGCCCAGUUUGAUUU